AUGUUUGAGUGGACAGAGGAGGCCAAGGAAGCCUUCAUACAGUUGAAAAAUCACUUCCAUACACUUCCUCGGCUCGUUAAUCCACUCAAAGAUGAGAAGCAUUAUAUGUAUUUGGCUAUCUCAGAUAAUUCCUUGAGCGCCGUCCUGCUUACUGAAAGGGAUGGCCAUCAGAUCCCUAUGUAUUUCAUCAGCCAUAUUCUGCACAUUGUCGAGCUUAAGUAUCCAUCUAUAGAAAAGUUCGGCCUGGCAUUGUUCAUGGCAUCAAAGAAGUUAAGGCCAUACUUUCUUGCUUAUUCGAUUGUGGUCUACACGGACCAACAGUUAAAGAAGUUGUUCACAACAUUGGAGGCCAACGAUCAAAUUCUUAAAUGGGCCUUAGAGUUGAGAGGAUUUGAUAUCACAUUCGAACCCAGAAAUGCAAUCAAGGGCCAGGCCUUUGCAGACUUCUUGGUCGAAAUGACACGGUCGAAUUUACAGCUGACAAGGGAUCAGAUUUGGAAAGUUUUUGUGGAUGAAAGUGUAACGGUGACCGGAUGCGGCACUGGUAUCGUACAUCUAUCUCUAGAAGGAGACAAGUUUGAGUAUGCUUUAAUAUUUCAUUUCCAAGCCUCUAACAACGAGGCCGAGUAUGAAGCCCUUCUAGGCGGCCUCACAAUGUGUAAGGCGGCCGGGGUAACUAAAAUUGAUGCCUGUUUAGACUCUCAGCUGAUAGACAGCCAAGUGAAUGGUGACUACGAGGCUAGGGAGCUGAAAAUGAUUAAGUAUCUACAAAUGAUGAAGGAUGAGGCCGAGAGCCUAGAGCAUUUCACACUACAACAAGUCCCCCCAUCCAAGAAUCAUCAGGCGGACGCCCUCUCCAAGCGGAGCAUUGAUUCCGAAGCCGUGCAAAUAAUUGACAGAAGCUCCACACGGAUGGAUAGAAUAAUCUCCUAUCUUAAGGAUGGAGUUCUUCCGGACGACCCAAAGGAGACUUGGCUGAUGAAGAAGAAGGUGGCAUGGUUUGAGAUAAAAGGAGAGGACUUGUUCAAAAGAUCAUUUGUAAAGCCCUAUCUGAAAUGUGUCACGCCUAAGAGGGGGCAUGAAGUGCUGGAUGACCUCCAUCAGGGGAAUUACGGAACAUAG